AUGGCGAGAGGCGGCAACAACAACAACUCUCAACCCCCUAUCAUGGAGGAGAUGAUGGCCAUGAUCAAUGGCCUACGGGAGGAUAAUGCACGCUCCAGGGAGAGAGAGGAGGCCAUUCAGCGCGAGAACGAGGAGAUCAGGAGGCGAGCGGAUGAGUUACAGGCCAGAAUAGAAGCCAACACCAGAACGGUGGAGGAGGAUGUCAUGCUGGAAGUCCCAAGGGAUUUUCGGCCUUUCUCGGAAGCCAUAGAGGCCGAGGCCAUCCCUAGGGAUCAUCGAAUACCGCAGGUCAAACCCUUCGACGGAACGCAGGAUCCCAGUCAACAUCUAACGGAUUUCCGAGCUCAGAUGUUGAUUUGCGGGGGAAGUAUGGAGGUCCGCUGCAAGCUAUUCAUGGGAACACUCAAGAAGGCGGCGCUGGAUUGGUUCAGUGGCCUCCUUGACCGAUCCAUCACCGACUUCGAUGUUUUCAGUUGGAUGUUUAUGGCACAAUUCGCUGCUAACAAAAAGAAGCCGCCGAUCACGUCGGAUUUGUUCGACCUCAAGCAACAAUGCGAGGAGUCUCUGAAAGAUUUCCUACAACGAUUUAACGAGGUCGCCUUGAGGAUAGCAUCGCUGGACGAGAGGAUGGCGGUCAUCGCUUUCCAGAAAGGUUUGAGGUCCGGAGCCUUCGACAUUGCGCUCGAAAGGGCGAAUUGUCAAACAAUGUCGGAGGAGGGCAACUACAGGCAGGCCGAUCACGUUGGUCGGUCAAGGGGCGAGUGGACGCACAACAAUGAAGAAGAGAAGUUUACUCCACUCACUGUACCCAGGCGACAGAUACUCCAUGAUGUUAACAGCGCAUCGUUGUUUGAGUUCCCGGUGGCGACGGAGCGUCAGUUGGGCCCUUUCAAAACCGAUUGGUGUGAGUUCCAUAGGACUCACGGGCACUCAACUGAAAAUUGUUUAGUUUUGGGAAGACAGAUCAAGCGCUUGAUCAAGGAGGGACGACUGAAGGAGUUUGUGGCAAGAAAGCAGGAGGGAAGCUCGUCAAAUAGGCGACCCAGGCACACACAAGAUGACACUAGGAGGGAUAGGCGUAGAGAGAGAACUCCUCCCAAAGAUGCGCCAGCAAAGGUGUCGGAAGCCCGUCAACAACCCAUCCAUGGGGAUUUCAACACCAUCGCAGGGGGCUUCGCGGGUGGGGGAGCUACCUCUGCUGCCCGAAAAAGGUACACUCGGUCGGUAGUUACAGUAUCAGAAUUCAGGCGACCUACUCAGUCUGAGAUUUCAUUCUCGGACUCAGACUACGAAGGAGUAGCCCCUCAUGAGGACGACCCCGUUGUUGUAUCAGCAAUCGUCAUGGGGUACAAUGUGAAGCGUGUACUGAUCGACCAGGGAAGUUCCGCUGACAUUUUAUUCUGGGAAACUUUUGAGGGGAUGAAGAUACCUAACGAUCGACUAAUUCCUUAUGCAGGAACUCUAGUGGGUUUUGCAGGAGACCAGGUCACCGCAAGGGGAUAUGCCGAUCUGGAAAUGACUUUCGGCCAGGGUGCUCAGAUGAAGACGGUGGUUGUUCGGUAUUUGGUAGCCAACGCGCAGUCAUCCUAUAGUAUACUGAUCGGCCGGCCGACCCUGAACAAGCUAGGAGCGGUGGUGUCCAUUUCCCAUCUAAAGGUGAAGUAUCCGUUACCGAACGGUACUGUGGGAACUCUCCGAGUGGACCAGGAGGUUGCUCAGAAAUGCUACGGUGACAGUUUGAAGGCGCGAAGAUGA